UUUAAAACUAAAACAAUACAUCAUGAGGCUAAGUCAUGAUAUUCGUAUGAGAUGGGAACGUUGUGGCCGAUCUACAAAAAAAUUUAUUGAGCAAGAGUCUCAAUGGUUAUCAAAAAAUCAUGAUUUCAAAGAUUGUAUCCUUGAUGUUGAGCCAUGCACUUCUCGUGAUAUUCCUAGGCCGGGCAGGCCAACAAAAACCUUCGCUGAGUUAUCUAUACGCACAAGAAAGCGAAAAGCUAAGGAACUAAUGAACAAUGUCGAUAAUGAUCAACUGUUAAUGGCAGCGGAAUUGAAAUUACGAUCAUCAGGAAAAAGAAAUUCUGCAAAAAUAGUUGAGGAGUUGUCCUCAGCAUCACCAUCAAGAGGCACUGCAUACAAAAAGUCCCGACUAUCGGAUGAAAAUAAGAAAAGUUUGACACCAGAUCAAGCAAUUGCGAUGAUAGUUGACUCAAAUCUUUCAACACAUGAAUACUCAAUGAUCCGGCAGCACACUUCAGAAGUUAACAGGAAAAUAUAUCCUUCAUAUAACUGUCUAAAAGAAUCAAAGGUUUUAUGCUAUCCUGAAAAAAUUACCGUAACGGAAACCUAUGCUGAAAUUGAAUUGCAAUCCCUAAUUGAUCACAGCUUACGAAGAUUGUGUCUUGCACAAGAAGAGGUAUUGCUUUCUAUUCCUGAAGUUAAUGAACUAAAUGCAAUUAUUAAAUGGGGAUGUGAUGGAGCUGAGCAUAGCUGUUAUAGUUUGGAGUAAUCCUGCUCCAUCUUCCACGAGAUACUGCCGCCCGAUAAAAUUUGUUUUUACAAAAGAAACACGAGAUGUUAUUUCAAAGGAGGUGCAAUCUGUCAAAGACCAAAUUUCCAGUCUUCGUCCUACAACAAUUCAAACGGAUAACCUAAAAUUUCUAGUGAAAUCGACGAUUGUGUUGUGCAUGAUUGAUGGCAAAGUUUGCAACGCUCUAUCGGCAUAUACAUCAUCGCAAAAGUGCUACAUAUGUGGGGCUUCACCAAAAGAUAUGAACAAUAUGCGAGCCCUCUCAGAGCGAAAUAUUGACGAAAGCAUGCUUGCUUUCGGAAUUUCCCCUUUACAUUCUUGGAUACGAUGCAUGGAAUGUAUGCUACACAUCGCUUAUCGAAUGGAAAUGAAGACCUGGUGUGUGCGGGGCGAAGAAAAUAAGGAAAAGAUGAAAAAGAAGAAAGAACAUAUACAAAAAAGAUUCAGGAAAGAAGUUGGUCUUUUGAUUGAUAUGCCAAAGCAAAAAACCGGCAACACAAAUGAUGGCAACACUGCGAGAAGAUUCUUUGGAGAUCCUGAAAUAACAUCAGACAUAACCGGCAUAAACAUCAAUCUUUUGAAAAGGUUUCA